GGGGACCAAAAACAUAAAACUAAAAAAGAGUAGAAUCUCUAUGAAGGGGACUAAUGUACUUACUGUUUGAGAACCAACAUCAACAUUUUUUUCUUCAAUUUCAAUGAAAAAAAUCCCCCUUUUCCCUCCCAAAUUUGACCUUCAUUUCCUCCAAACCCUAAUCUCAAUCAAUCGUACAUACAUAGUUUAUGCAAAUCUGUCAGAUCUGUAGCUUUCACACUAAAUGUCUGCGAAUCGAAGCAGUAGUUACAGUGUUGAUCCCAGCAAUCUGCAUCUGAAGAAGGAGUUGACUCAGAUCAAGAAAGCUGCUCGAGUGCUGAGAGAUCCCGGCACAACUUCUUCAUGGAGGUCACCGCUUGCUUCCUCUAGAUCCACCAGCCAUUAUAGGAACACAUCUGGCUACAGUGUUGAAGAGGUUAUUGGGAGUAAUGUUAACGGUAGUAAUGGUCAUGUUAAUAGUGCUAACAGGAGGAAAGAGAAAGAGAAAGAGAAAGAGAAGAAGGUGUUUUUGUAUAAUUGGAGGACGCAGAGAUCGGAGAGUGAGAGGAGUGUAUCCGUGAGGCACCAGCAACGAAGAAGAAGCGAUGGGGAGGAGAGUGUGGAUGAUAGCUUGAGUGAUGCACGGAAUGAUGGGGAUUUGAACACUACAACGCCACCACCGAUUAGGAGAAUGAUGAUGAAGAAGAAGAAGCCGAUUAGGAAAAUGGUGCAUUCGUCGUCUGCUGCGGCUUUGAAGCUUGAAUUGCAGAGACAGUUAAGUUUGGUAGAUCAAUAUGAUUCGGAUGAUAUGGUUGCUGUUAAAGGGGGUUCGGUGACAUCCCCUUUGUUGUCUAGGCUAAAAUCUGCAAAAUUGUUGAAAGGGGGUAGUAGGAAAGAUGAUUCGUCUUCUUACUGUUAUAGCACCCCUGCUUUGUCCACUAGUUCGAUAAACAAACGUUGGGUUAGGAAUCCAAGCACAGUUGGAUCAUGGGAUGCAACAACGAUUGAUGGGGAUGAUGAAGGAAUGGAUGAUGAUCAAUUGGGGUUACCGGGUCGCCAAGGAUGUGGGAUCUCUUGUUACUGGUCAUCCUCUAAGAGAAGUACCCCAAAGCGUGGUGUUUGCGGUAGUUGUUAUUCUCCAUCAUUUUCUGAUACGUUAAGAAGAAAAGGAAGCAGUAUCUUAUGUGGGAGUGGGACCCAAACCAAUUAUCGGCAUAGGCGACGCCAAAGAUCGUCCAUGGGUGCUUACAACAAGACCCACAAAACUUCUCACGUCCCAUUGCUAACAAACGGGGUUGAAAGCAGAGAUCGUUCAGAUACUGGGACGGAUGAUGAGCUUUCGACUAACUACGGUGAGCUUGAUUUGGAAGCUUUGAGUCGAUUAGAUGGAAGGAGAUGGUCAACAAGCCACAAGAGUCAAGAAGGGCUGGAGCUUGUUGCGGUAAAUGGGGAAAUCGAAGAAGAUUCCGCUUCAUCUCUUGAUAAUAUAAAUUGCUUUAGCUAUAAGUAUAAACCCAUGUUCUUUGAAGAUAUAGUUGGCCAGAAUGUUGUGGUCCAGUCACUUGUAAAUUCUGUAAUUAAGGGAAGAAUUGCUCCAGUUUAUUUAUUUCAAGGUCCCCGUGGGACAGGUAAAACGUCAACGGCUAGGAUCUUUGCUGCAGCCCUGAAUUGUCUUGCCACUGGAGACACAAGACCUUGCGGGGUUUGCAGGGAAUGCGCUGAGUUUAUUUCAGGCAAAAGUUGGGUCAUUACCGAAAUGGAUGGAUCCAGCAAGAAGGGGAUUGAAAAAGUUAGAUUUUUGAUGAAGAAACUGCAGAUGGGUUCUUCUACAUCAACCUUUAUAAGGCAUGAGGUUUUUGUUAUUGAUGAAUGUCACCUAUUACCAUCUAAGUUAUGGUUGGCAUUCCAAAAGUUUCUUGAAGAACCACCUCAAAAUGUCGUGUUCAUCUUUAUAACUACCGAUCUUGAUAACGUACCGCGAGCUGUUUUGUCACGGUGCCAAAAGUAUACUUUUAACAAAAUUAAAGACAGUGAUAUAGUUAACAGGUUGAGGAAAAUCUUAGAAGAGGAAAAUUUGGAUGUUGAAUCGGAUGCUUUAGAUUUAAUUGCUCUGAAUGUAGACGGUUCACUCCGGGAUGCAGAAACUAUGUUGGAUCAGUUAAGUUUAUUAGGAAAGAGAAUCACUACUGAUUUGGUGAAUGAACUUGUGGGGGUUGUCUCUGAUGAGAAGUUAUUAGAACUUGUGGAGUUAGCAAUGUCAUCAAACACAGCAGAAACAGUGAAAAGGGCGAGAGAAUUAAUGGACUUGGGAGUUGACCCUAUGGUUUUGAUGUCUCAAAUGGCUACGCUUAUUAUGGAUAUCAUUGCUGGAACAUACCAAGUGGUUGAAGCCAGAUAUGGUGACUCGUUAUUUGGUGGUAGAAGUUUGACAGAAGGUGAAGUGGAGAGACUAAAGCAGGCUUUGAAACUUCUCUCUGAUGCAGAGAAACAAUUAAGAGUUUCUAGUGAACGAUCAACAUGGUUCACAGCAACCCUUUUACAGCUUGGCUCGGUCCAAUCAGCAGAUCCUACUCCUUCUGGAAGCAGUAGACGACAAAGCUCAAAAACAACUGAUGAUGACCACCCUUGUGCCCCUGCCACUUUUAAAGAUAUUUAUUUCCAGAAACAAAAGUCUACUCCUAUUAAACCUCUUCUUAACAAUAGCACCCCGCAAGAUGCACUCCAAUCAAUGAGGCAACUCAUCAAUGAUGAUGGCCCGUCUGUUUCACAUCAUGAUGAUGUCACACAUGGAAACACUAAUUCAAACAUCUUGGAUGAAAUCUGGGGCCGUUGCAUUGAUAAGUGCCAUUCUAAAACUCUGAGGCAGCUGCUACAUACUUAUGGGAAUCUUGUGUCUAUUUCUGAAGAUAAAGAUAACCUUGUCGCUUAUAUUGUCUUUCGGGAUAAAGAUAUCAAAAGCAGAGCUGAAAGAUUCCUUAGCAGUAUCACAAACUCGUUUGAGACUGUUUUGCGUCGCAAUAUAGAAGUUAGACUUAUAUUACUAUCAGAUGAUGAUGAGCCCACGGCAAACAAGGAUGGUCCAGUAGAUAAUUUUUCUGACCCCAAAGGGAGAAAGGUUGGGAAUCCAGUUCAAAGGAUAGAAUCAAUCAUACACGAGCAGAGAUUAGAAACUGCAUGGUUACAAACUGCAGAAAAAGGCACUCCUGGUUCAUUGAAUCGGCUAAGACCAGAAAGGAAUCAAGUCUUGCCUCAAAUGGAGACUUCACAGCAGCAAUGGGAGGAUGAGUUGACCCGUGAACUCAAUCUUUUGAAGAUCAAUGAUGGGAAAAAGGAAAAUACUACUAUAACACCAAGCUUGUUGCAUGAUGCCAAUUUAGUUACCAAAGAUAGCAUGGGAUACGAGUCCGGAUCAGGAGGAGGAGGUGGUUGUUUCUGUUUUAACAAAACCAAGCGUAACCGCAGAGGAAAGAUGAAACCGGGGACCCCAGUAGGGCCGCGCAGAGGGGCAAGGUUCUUAAUAUUUGGGGAGUGUGGGAAGUCAGGAAGGACAGAGCAUAGAUCUAGAAGGUGAUAUUGACAAGCAAAAUUUCAAGUUCAAUUAAAUUCAGAAUAUUUCGUAAUUUAUUGUUCUUGUAGUUAUACAACUGGGAUUUUCUGCAUUUGUCCAUUUUUUCUUUGUAAGAGCAAUAAAGGUGAAGAGGAGGGACUAUUCCUUCUUCCCUUCCCUUUCAACUUACAAAAUUGCCGCCAUUUAAUGAUAAUUUUAUUGGUAAAAAAAGGAAUAUUGCAAUACAAAAUAGUCUUUUUUGCUUUUA